UGACCAUUCACUACUUUUAAAGUGAGUAUUGAAAAUGUUGUGGCAUAAAUUAAUUGGAUUCGCAAUUCUCAGUCUGGUGCUAACUCAACUGGAGUUGGUCCAAAGUGACGUUCCUGCCUCCGGUUGCAGAAACAAUUUCAGCCUGGCAGCAGGAAAGUGUCUCCUGGUCACCAACAGCUAUUAUAAUUGGUAUGAGGCGGAUCGUCACUGUCGCUCCUUGGGAGCUGGACUUCUCAGUAUUCAGAAUCAGACGCAGUUGCAACAGAUUGAACAAUGGAUAGCUGUCAAAGCACCCUGGGUUUUGGAUUUCUGGACCUCCGGCAACUCUUUGGGUCAGACAGGUGCCUAUUACUGGCAGAGCACUGGAGAACUGGCCCGUUAUCUCCCCUGGUCACCGAGUCAACCUCAAACGAAGAAUGGCGAUUGCUUGGUCCUCGAAUCCAACAAGUACUCCACCGCCGGAUACUCCGAUUUCCGUCUGAGCAACAAAAACUGCACACAUUUUGGGCCUCACAUCUGCGAACAGCAACAACAGAAAUAUAAUACAAGGAUUUGCCUGAAGCCCGGAUCCUAUGAAAACGCUCAAGUUUUAGCCUAAGCUAAACUAAAAAAAUUGCUUUAAUAUAAAAAAA